AUCUCUGAUGACGCCAUGAUCUACGUCGCCGUGUCGCACAGCCGCGGAACGUGUAGGCGCGGAUCCAGCCAGCCAGGGCCCUUUUUUUAAUAUCAUGAGUACCGUCGGCCGCGGGUCGUCCUACCUCCGGACGUGAGCGCCUCGGACAGCGACCGCCGUCUCUAAAUUCGGUAAUCGCUUGGUGAUCCCGAGAAACGUCCGUCUGUCGGAUCGACGACGUCGCGUAAAGAGAGAAAGAGAGUGACGUUAUAGAAAGAUAAAAAGCGGCUUGCCGAGGUGUGUGGCGUGUGCGUGUGUCCGCCGCAUGUAAGAGGAUCCUACGGCGGAUCCCUUUUCAUCGCCGCACGCGCAAAACUAGACGCGCGGAACGAACGUGACUCACGGCGAGAACGUGUGCACGAGAAAGACAGAACCCUAACCCGUGGUGGAGCCGAAGGUAGACUCAUCGGCGGCGGAGUUCCGCCCGCACCGGUCUCACCGCGAGCCCCCGGGGGGAGGCUCCGUUGACUCCUGGAUCGUCUUCUCCAUCUGCGCUCCGAAAACGGAAACGGGCGAAACUCCCUUCUCCUUCCCGCGGCCCUCCCCCCCAGCGAAUGACACAUCUCGGCGGAACGAACCGAAAUCGUAAAUCGUAAAUAGUGGCCGUCAAAUUAGAGAUAGAUCCUGUAGAUGUAUGUCACUCGUAUCGCGGAGGGUAGCGAGAAUGUCCGUGCCACCGCCGCCACCACCUCCACAGGCCGGCGCCUCUACGGGUCCGCCUGUAGGUGACAACAGGGGCUUACUGCUGCAGUCUAUAAGGGCAGGCAAAACUUUGAGAAAGACCGUUACCGUGGACAAGAGUGGGCCUGCUGUCGCCGGGAGAGUGAAAGGCGAAUCGACGAGCUCCUCGUUAAAUAGUAGCAAUAGUAGAACUAAUAGUUCUAGUGCAAUGAGUAGCAACAGUAGCAGUAAUGCUAGCAACGGUGGACCUAUGUCCCUAGGCGGUCUAUUCGCGGGUGGCAUGCCAAGAUUGAAACCUACGGGACUGAGAGGGAACAUGACCGAGAAGGAGGGACAAAGUAAUGUACAUAAUUCUAGUUUUCUUCACUCGUCACCUGGAGCGUCCCAGAGUAUUAAACGUGGCCCACCUCCAGUUCCGCCGCCAGCCGCUCAGAAACCACAGAUAUUCAGUCAGGGACAAAGUACUACUGACUCCACGACGAAGACUCCAGAGGUUAUGCCCAGAGGAUUCGCGAAAUCGUCGACCAUUGUGCCUAAACCGUCUGCCGUUCUGCAAAAACCAUCGCCGCCACCUAAGAAGCUGAAUUUGACGAGCAGCGCGAGCGUGGCGAGGGCGCAGAGCAUGCGACUACCGCGAUCACCGCCGGUCUUGGCGUCGUCACCGUCUUCUCUGCACCAGUCGCAGGAUUGUUUGAACGAGGCUGCCACGCCGCAGCCAAUGAGACCUGCAAAUCGAAUUCUCAGGCCUCCCGUGACGAAACCGCCGUCGCCGCCAAUCUCGCGAACGACCGUGCCGACGAGGCCGCCGUCGCCACCAUUCUCGCGAGCGGCCGUGCCGACGAGGCCGCCGUCACCGCCGCCGCCGGCCUCGCGGUCGCACACGUUGCCUAUGACCGCGAUGAGAGCGGCACCGCCGCCGCCGUCGAGGGUCACGGUCACUGCGCCGUGCAUACCACCUCCACCACCACCACUCCCACAUCGUCCCGCACCUACGCAUCAGAGAUUGGCACCGCCGCCACCGCCACCGCCGACACCUCCCACCAGGAGUCUGUCGGUGCGCAACGGCGGCGGUCAAGCAGGUUCCGUCGACUUGGAAGUGCGAUUCGCCGAGAUGUUUCACACCACGUCGACUUUUCCGCCGCCGGAACCCUUUAGGGGCUUCAACAAGGUUUACAGUAGCAGGCAUGCAGCAAAGCAACAAGCACCAGCUCCACCUCUUCAAUCGUCUUCUACUCCUAACACCCUGCAUUCGUUAAAUACUUCAUCUGGGAGUAAACAGUGGCAACACAAUGCGACCUCUUUAGCAUAUUGAAAUCUGUGCAUACUUAAAUCAUUGCUUCGUGCAUUGAUUAUUAUUUAAAAACUUUUCGAUGCUGCCACAAUAAAAUAAAAACGUUAAAUUGAGUGAGCAUGAAAAAGUGUGAAUCGGCGUAGAGUAUAACAGUUUGAGAGAAAGAGAUUUCGAAUUCGCGCAAACCCAGUUAUAUAAUAAAAUGUUUUAGACAAUAUUUUCUGUACAGUCUAUCUUAGGAAAAAAUAUAUUUAAUAUAGCUUAUACCUACAUAUGUAUAUGUAUAAAACUGUAUAUCAUAUAUAUUAUGUAAUAUAUAUUUUAUAUACAUUUAUACAUGUGUGUGUGUACGUAUAUUAUAUAUAUAUAUAAAUAUAUCUAUAUAUAUAUAAGAAUCGUUAGAAACUUUAGGCCUGUUAUUAUCUAACAGAAAUCUAAGAGAUUGAAACGGAAGACACGUUUAUUUUCAUUCUAAAUUAAUAUACUCAUUUAAUCUUUUUAUUGUUGUAUUAUAUUUUUUCUUAUUUAUCUCUGUAAAAUUAAUAAAUAUUACCACCAAAAUCAUUAAUUCAGGACAUUA